AUGAGUGUGUCGGAUCCCUCGCACCUGGAGGCCCAGCUGGCUUCCCAGAUCGUCACCUUGUGGAGGUCCCAGACAGCACCAUUCCAGGCCAUAGUUGACGACUAUGCAGCUGUACUGCAACGAGCACAGGAGUCGCAUGUGAGGGCAGCGCAGCUCGACAGAGAAGCCAAUGAGGCUCGCGCUGAGAAUGACACCCUGCUACGCGCCCUCGAGGCUGCCAAACGUGGAGCAGUGACGCAGGAGGAGUUUGCAGCACUGCAGGCCGUGCUGACUCGCACGGAGACAGACCUGACGGCGGCCUACAAGGACAAGGCGAUGCUGGCGGAGUCCAGCUUGCAGGUCACACAGCAGCUCAGCGUCGUACGCGACAUCAAUGAGCAGCAGACUCGGGAGAUUAAGGAAGCGGAGGCAGCGAUCCGCACGCUGAGGGACCAGGUUAGAGCCCUGCGCGGCGAAGUGGAGCGACUGGAAGAAAGCGUGGCCAUGGCCGGCAAGGAGGCAGAGGCGCAAAGGAACGACGCCACCGUAUCCGCGGCUCGGGCGGCAGCGCUGGAGGCUGACAAUGCGGCCCUGGCCAGACGCCUGGUGGAGCUCAAGGAGGCUGAGAUUGAGCGCAUGAACGACAUCAACCGCCAGGGCGAGGAAAUGGUAUCUUGGGAGUGUAUCAAGGCCUUGAGGGCUCUAUGGGAUGGAGGAUGGUAUGUGAUAUAA